AUGGCUUUCGAAAGCAGCACUCUUGUCAACGGAGCGUGGACAACUCGAACCUUUGACGUUAACACUGCCCUACGGCAUUUCGACCAGCAAGACAAGGACAACGCUGCAAACCAGAUGGCUAUUGAAACGACUCCAAAACUAGGACUGUUGACCCAAACCGUUGUUCGGAGCCCACUGGUCCACUGGAUACUCCCCGUUAGGUUGAGGGACAACAGAAUUCAUGAUGUUGCUUUCAUUGGGGAUGACUUCGUCCAGAUCAAGGAACUUAGAUCCGAUGGACUCCUCUGGGACGUCAUCCGCAAAGAAGAUUUUGGUGCUCGCAUCCGAAAUGCUGCAGUGAUCGGUUCCGUGACCGCAUACGAGCAAGAUCCAGAUGCCAUGGUUGAUACAACUCAAGUCAAAUCUGAGGGCGAUGCGUCAGAUACAGGCCAGCCAGCUUCAUCCUACAAGUCAGAAUCUUCCGCAACCUCAAGCAGACUACCACCCCAAUUCCUGGUACUGCAACUCGAAACCGGAGAUACCAUCUUCUUGAUGUUGCAGACGAAUGGUUCAGGACAACCUCGAUUCGUUGCAAGUACAUACAGGGUAUCGAAGGCAAUGCUCAGAUGCCAGCCAGGCGUACACAUAGCUGUGGAUCCCUCUUCGCGUUAUAUGGCUGUGGGAUGCUCCGAAGGAACGUUUGCUAUCUAUAAGCUACAAACCAGGGCCACUCUCAAGCAGCAAUUCUCGGAAGGCAAAAAACUACAGCAUAUCUCUCAAGAGAUGCAUAUGCCGGCUGAAGACUCCAUACUGCAAUUGCAAUUCUUGUACCCUCCACCAGGAAAUGAUUGCCAAGAUUGUAUCAUAUUGGUGGCUUUAGUGAUCAGGAAGCAUAAAACGAGAAUACUUGUGUACGAAUGGGACGCUGGGGAUGCUAUUACGAGGAUCAAACCAAAGAGUAUCAAAGGCCAUCUACUUGACGACCAACGCCAGAUGCCGCUACUGUUAAUUCCGUUGGUGAUCAGGUCGUCAUUUGUCUUGGUUUAUGAGGACUUCAUGGCUGUUUGUGAAGGCAUGGUGUCAAACACUCCAAAGUUCACGAUUAACUCCUUCCACCCAGACUAUAAUGAGUCUACCCCUUUUCACAAUGGUGUAGGCAGCCCAUUAUGGACAUCCUGGGCUCGUCCUUUUCGCCACAAAAUAUUUCUGGAGCAUUCGGACAACAUUUUCGUCGCGCGCGAAGAUGGUUUGAUCAAACUUCUCCACUUCAACAACGGAUUAAAUAUCGAACAUAACAACAUUGGCCAAUUCUUUGCAAAUUGUGGUACUUCAUUUGCAAGCCUUGAAUUCGAAGCGUCCGACCAUAAAUCCGGCGACCUUCUCGUUAUGGGAGGCGAUGGUUGUUCUGGGGGCACAUAUCUACUUCAAGCGAGAAAGUUGCCAAUCCUGACAGAACCUAUACAAAAUUGGACACCAGCACAAGAUAUUGUAACGACUUAUGUCUCUAAAACUACAAAGGCCUAUACCAACGGAAAUAAGUUUCGUGCCAAGGAAGUAAUUCCCAACCCCGAUCAGAUAUUUGUCUGUGCCGGCAAAGGAAUAAAAGCGACCAUCACCGAAAUCAGGCAAGGACUUGAGGCAAGAAUCGGACUAGAAACCGAGUACGACACACCCGUCUUGAAGGUAUGGGCACUGCCUUCGGAUUUUGAAGAAGUUGAAGAUUACGAUGCAUCUCUGUUUCUCCUUUCAUUGGGAGAUGCUUCAGCAGUCCUUACUCUCUCUGGUGAUGCGUCAGACAUAGGGGAGCUCGACGAGUCGUGUACCAAGUUCAAUUUGCGCAGCCGGACUAUCGUAGUCACUGCUCUCAAAAAUUUGAUUGUGCAAGUGACUGAGAAGGCUAUCCGUGUGAUAGGCGGUGAUUUCCUGCGCGACUACAAAGUAUGUGAUUUGCCAGGAAUUGUUGGAACCAACAUAGACAAUGCUGCUCUCAAUGAGAAGGUAGUCAUUUUCACAACCUAUGUUGGUAAUUCCGUUCACCUACAAGUUCUGGAGCAUGGAUUAUUUGCUGCUGACAUGGACCUCGACGAGAGCACGACAGUGCGAACAUUAUGCACAACGUCCACCAAUAUCACAAGUCUUUUAGUUGGUGAAAUAUCACAGACUCAAUUCGCUAUCGCAGCAGAAUGGUCUGAAAGUUCUCUCCGCUUGACUUUUCAGUCCAUACAAGGUGAAAAGAAUCACAACAUAGACCUUCUAGAUACUUUCGCAGACUUCCGUACACGACUUGACGCAGUGGCUAGCCUUGCAAUGAUUUCUAGGCACGAAGACACUAUCCUACUACUGUGCGGAACUCGAAAUGGGUUUCUGAUUACCCUUGCAAUUUCUACAAGGACCUUCGAGAUUGCUGAGAAGAGGAUCGAUCGUAUUGGUGCUACAUCAGUGAUCUUAACAGCUGAUGAGCACCCCAAUCGAGAGAACUCAUUCUUCAUCAGCUGCGACGGCAAGUUGCACUACUUACAACCAGUCUUGACUGGACAUACAGGAAGUUCAACCAGAACUUGGUGCAAGCAGGCACACUCGAUUCACCAGAUCUGGCUCAGUGAUGCUGCUGACCCUAGCCUUCGUCAGCCAAGUAUAACCACUUUCGCGCAACUUCGUCAAAGCACAUCUCCAACUUCCAGACUCAAUGAAAGUCUCCUGUUAGUAUCCGGAUCUACACUGUUCUUGGCAGACCUGAGUAUUCAGCCAAAGGUUGUACCUCGACAUAUCCUGAUUGGAGGUACCCCUACACGCUUGCUGUACUCACAUUCUCUCAACGCUCUCGUUGUGGGGAUGACGAUUGAUGGAAAAUCCACUCUUAAGUUCAUGGAUCCCGAGACCGGCGAAGAUCUAUCUCAGGCCGUUGCUCGAGAUACCCACCUUCCCGUCGAAUUCAUCGCAGGUUUAGGCCACCUAAACGAGAGAAUUUUCCGUCUCUUUGAGUGGGCCUACGUCAAAGACCACAAGACUUGGAACUACAUCAUUGUAGCUACUAAUCAAGGUCGGGUUUUGAUUAUCACUGCUCAAGUUUCGGACGACGAUACAAACGGCAAUACAACAGGCAAAUCACGCCCCAGAAUAAAGUACUACGCAAGACACAGGUUCAGGAGUACGGACCCUGUGUACUCGGUGGCUGGAUUCCCCGAGGGUCUCCUCUGGUGUGCUGGGACGAAGAUUUACUGCGAAGUGCUUGACCAGACGGAGAAGAGAUUUGUAAGAACCACAGAAUAUGAUCUUCCAUCUCCAGCGAUCAACAUGGAAUACUCUGAUGGAACUAUAUACGCUUUAACCGAGAGUCAUUCCUUGGAGAUGCUCACCUUGGAUCUCAAUGAGGAUGAAGGGUCAAUGAUAGUCCGUACACAUGGUGAUCAACUCACUCGCGAUGGAUUGCAUCAUACUGAACUCCAGACAUAUCAACAAACGCCAUUGCACUUGGUUUCUGACAAGUCAUGCUCUUUGGUUGGCUUAUGGCCCAUUACCAACACUAAAGCUGAUACUCUCGAUACGGUAUUCGAAGCUGAGCUUGCACAUUCGAUCGUGCGUUUCCGCUCUGCAAAGUGCCGGCCAAUCUGGGAUGACAGCUGGGUUGUGUCUGCUGAGAACGAGACAGUAAACGACUCCAGAAGCAACGGAUAUCCUUCAUCACAAAUGAAUCAGCCAGAAACACUCGGUUUGUCCAUCAUGGGAUCGCUAAGCCAUUUCACUGUCCUCCAACUGCAGACCUGGAACUAUCUAAGAUUCCUAACGGACCUAGCCAUCAGAUCACCUGUCGUUUGCGAGUUCACCCACAAGGAUACUCCGCUUCCGCUAGGUUCUGUUUUUCAACCUAAGCUUAGAAUGCAUAUCGACGGUGAUAUUCUGAAGCGUUGUUUAGUAGGUCGCCACCUUGAGGAGCUUCUUCUCAUAGGUCAGGAUACACCAGAAGCUACUAUGCUCUUUGACAGGUUCUGCAAUGUUCUUCGGGGGCAUCAUGGUGUCAACUUUGUGGAGAAUGCACAUCCAGAGGAGUAUCUCGAACAGGCUUAUGCAGAUCUGAACUACUUUCUGCGCCCUGUCAUGUAG